GGUUAAAUGCACGAAAAUAACAAAGGUCUAAAAUUUAAGCACCUAUAUAAGUCGAAGUGUUGCGAUUUAAUUAUUAAACCUCUGCGACAUGCUGUUUAAAGUAAGAUAUUUGGUAGCCAUCAUGGCAUUAUUUGCUUUGGUUGAUGCCGGUAGGAUUAUUCGUUCUCCAGGUAACCGUGGAUGGGGCAGUUUUGAUAGCAACCCAACAACCAAUGCACGAGUGUCACCAGUACAUGGAUCUCUCGCUCGGUCAUCUAGUUGGGAAGGGGCUACCGGCGCUGGUGUUCGAAGCUUCGGCAAUGGAUAUGGUGCAGCGAGUUCUUUUGGCUCUGGAUGGGAUACCGGAUCCUUAGGGAGGUCAAAUAAUGCUGGUUGCAAUUCCGAAUGGUGAAGAUUUAAUUGAUAACUCGAUAGAUUUGAUUUCGAUUUCGACUUGGAUUGUGGAUGUAUAAGCAUAUAAUUAUGUUAAUUACCUAAUAAUUACUAACAAUAAAGUUUUAUAACACGA